AUGGAGUACACGACGAGGGUAAUUCCGGAAUCUUUCCGGGGAGCGAGGGACGACUUUACCCUGCAAUUCUCCAUGGUGUGGGACCAGAUCAAAGCUCCGUUGAUCGUGCCGCUGCUCCGGCUGGCCGUCGCCGUCUGCUUAAUCAUGUCGGUGAUGCUGUUCAUCGAGCGGGUGUACAUGGGCGUCGUCAUCAUUCUGAUCAAGCUGUUCGGCCGGCGGCCGGAGAAGCGGUACAAAUGGGAGCCGAUGAAGGACGACGUCGAGCUGGGGAACUCCGGCUACCCCAUGGUCUUAAUCCAAGUCCCAAUGUACAACGAACGCGAGGUGUAUCAGCUUUCGAUCGGAGCAGCUUGCGGGUUAUCCUGGCCUUCGGACAGGAUCAUAAUUCAGGUUCUUGAUGAUUCGACCGAUCCUACGAUCAAGGAUAUGGUGGAGCUAGAAUGCCAGAGAUGGGCAAGCAAAGGGAUCAACAUUAAGUACGAAAUCAGAGACAACAGGAAUGGGUACAAGGCAGGAGCCCUGAAGGAAGGAAUGAAGCGAAGCUACGUGAAGAACUGCGACUACGUGGCAAUUUUCGAUGCCGAUUUCCAGCCCGAGCCCGAUUUCCUAUGGCGGACCAUCCCGUUCCUCGUGCACAACCCCGAGAUUGGUCUAGUUCAAGCCCGUUGGAAAUUCGUGAAUGCUGACGAAUGCCUGAUGACAAGAAUGCAAGAGAUGUCAUUGAACUACCAUUUCUCCGUCGAGCAAGAGGUCGGCUCCUCCACCUACGCAUUCUUCGGCUUCAACGGCACCGCCGGCGUGUGGAGGAUCGCCGCGCUGAACGAAGCCGGCGGGUGGAAGGACAGAACCACAGUCGAGGACAUGGACCUCGCCGUCCGGGCCAGUCUCAAGGGUUGGAAGUUCUUGUACCUCGACGACCUCAGGGUGAAAAAUGAGUUGCCAAGUACGUUCAAGGCCUACCGUUAUCAACAACACCGGUGGUCAUGUGGUCCAGCCAACCUCUUCAGGAAGAUGAUCAAGGAAAUCGCCAUGAACAAGAAAGUGACAUUGUGGAAGAAGGUCCAUGUGAUCUACAGCUUCUUCUUCGUCAGGAAGAUUGUAGCCCACAUCAUCACCUUCGUUUUCUACUGCGUCGUUUUGCCUCUAACCGUCGUGGUGCCUGAAGUUGAGGUCCCAAAGUGGGGGCUCGUCUACAUUCCUUCAAUCAUUACUGUUUUGAACUCGGUUGGCACUCCUAGGUCGCUUCAUUUGGUGAUCUUCUGGAUCGUGUUCGAGAACGUCAUAUCCCUCCAUCGAACCAAGGCUACCUUCAUAGGCUUGCUGGAGACGGGGAGAGUGAAUGAAUGGAUUGUGACUGAGAAGCUAGGAGAUGCCCUUAAGGCCAACAAAUCCACCAAGGCGCCCAAAAAGCCUCGAUUCAGGCUUGGCGAGAGGCUUCAUGUGUUGGAGAUUCUGACUGGAUUUUACCUCCUGACCUGCGGGUUGUACGAUCUGGCCUACGGACAGUACCGCUACUACUUGUACCUCUUCGUUCAAGCCGUAGCGUUCUUCAUCGUUGGAUCGGGUUACGUCGGGACGUUUGUCUCUCAUUCUUGA